AUGUUUAUUGAUAGUUAAGUUCCUUUCGUUGUAACCUCCUAAUAAAAUACACAUAUAUUAAAUCAAAAUGAUAAAAGUGGCAUCAUUUAAGCAAAUAGUAGUUUUUAGUAGUAAGCAAAUGAAAUUAAAAAUGCUAUAAAUAAUAGAAGAGUUAAAACUAUAGCAGAUUGUUUAGCUUACUAGCCUGUUAAUUAACAAUAAACUGAAAUAAGAUAUAAUGAUGUUGCUAGCUAUCAGAGAUAAUAGUUUAAUUAGCCUACCUAUUAAAGAAGUGUAGAGAGGUGUCCUAUACAUGAGGAAAAUAUUAAUGUUUAAGUUAAUCCUAAUAUUAUAAGAUUUAAUAAUGAUAUAGAGUCUUUAGUAGUUGUUGAAAAAAGCAACAGAUCAUUAAAAAAAACUUAAUAUGAAACUGAAUUAAGAAAUCUAAGAAAAACUAAUAGCAAUUUAGAAAACUAAUUAUAAGAUAUCAAGGAAUUCAAUUAUAACAUGAAAUCAUCUCUUAAAUAAAUAAACAAUAAACCCUCUUUAAUAUCAUCUACUGCUACUAAUAGUAAUGCAGCUAUUGAAAACAAGGCAACUUUAAAAAAGCCUUCAAUACCUCUAGCACCUACCUUUGUUGCUUAAAAUAAUAAUUAAUAAUUAGAUAAAACAUCAGCUCCAAAUUAAUUCGAUAAUACAAAACUUCUUUCGUCAAUGGUUUAAUCUGUUACUUAAGAUGCUAGACAUGAAGCAUUAAAGCAAUAAGAAGAUGGAGAUGAAGUUAGAUAAUUUAAAAUGUAAAAAAUUAAAGAAGAAGAAAAGAGACAAUAAAUUAUAGAUGAGCUUGAGAAAGAAAAUAAUAAAUUAAAAAAUAAAGCUAUAAGAGCUCAGUAUGAAGCAGAGGAAAAUGAAGAAAAAAUAAAAUAAUUAGAGAAUGAAAAGACUUUGAAUUAAAAAGAUGUGAAAAAUAAAUAGAAAGAUAUAAAGCUAAAAGAAAACGAAAUCCUCAAUUUGCAAACUAAAAAAUCAAAAAUAGAAUCUGAAAUUACUUCUUCAAGACUUGUUAUUAAAGAUAAAGAAUCUGAAAUAGCUAGAUUAAAUGAAAAGCACAAAUUGAAUGCUUCUGAAAGGCAAAAGGUUUUGAAAGAACUUGAACUACAUAUUUAAAAGAGAAAUAUCGCUAACUUGGAUUAUGAAAAGAUCAGAUAAGAUAAAGAUAGGAUUAUGGAGGAAUUAGAAAAAAGAUAAGUGGACGCAAAUGAUAAAUAUAAUGAGCUACACCAAAAAUAUUUGAAUUCAUAAAAUGAAAUUUAAGGUCUUGAAAGAGAAAUUACAGUUUUAUAAAAUUUUAUUGAAGAAGAAAAAAAAGAAAUUUAAAAGUUAUAAAUGUAGCAUAAAAUCCUUAAGGAUAAAUUAGAAGAAAUGGAAACAUAUGAAAGGAAAUUAAGAAAAAAAGAAAAAACUAUUUUAAGCUUAGAAUCAGAAUUAGAAAUGGCAAAGAGAGAGAAAAAAAUUGAAAUAGUAGAAAAAGUAGUUGAAAAACCUGUUGUUAUAGAAAAGCCUGUUGUUGUUGAAAAAGAAGUGGUAAUUAAAGAAGAAGUUAAAGUUGAUGAACCUUUAGAGAAAGAAUUAGCUAUUCUCAGAGAAGAAUUAGUAUUACUAGAUAGUGGUUUAAAAGAGAAAACAAGUGAAGCUGAAUAUUGGAAAAAGAGAUUCUAAGACCAGGAGUUGUAAGGAAAACACAACGUUGGAGCUGUUUAAGAUACCUAUAAUUCUGAAAAAUAACAAAUGUAAAUCUAGUAUGAAAAAGGUAUCGAUGAAAUUAAAGUAUUGUAAGGUAAACUAAAUGCUCUGCUUGCUGAAAUUCAUACUCUUUCUAAUAUUAAUAUUACUAAAAAUAGAGAAAUAUAAGAUUAACUUCAUCACUUAAUUAAAAACAAUUAGUCUUUAGAAAAUCUUAUUGUUGCAAAUACUUCUUAUAACUCUAUUCCUAUUUCUGUUUAAAUUCCAAUCUCUUCAAGAUAUGUUUCAUAUCACUGA